GCCGCGGGCGCCUCCCGUAGGCGCUCGGGUCCGAGCCGCCCCUGCCCUCGGCCAGCCACGCUUCCCAGCUCCCUUCUACCUGAUGCACCAUGCUGACCUCGGGACCGCGGGGAGCACCCGGCCAUCGCGGCCGCCUGCCCGGCUCGUGCUGAUCUCGGGGGGAGCAGCGUCUGCGGCCGGGCCAAGCCCGGAGAGCCCGGCCACCGCGCGCCCCGACUUUCACAGCUCGCUGCCCGGGGGAAGCAAGCCCAGGUCCUGCCCCGUCUCCCGCCCGCCCGCUCCUCUCCCCUCAGGAAGGGCGAUGGGGGCGCUGCUGGCGCUCUGCCUGCUCCUGGGCUGGCUGCGCUGGGGCCCCGCCGGGGCGCAGCAGGACGGAGAGUAUUGCCACGGCUGGGUGGACGCGCACGGCAACUACCACGAGGGCUUCCAGUGCCCCGAGGACUUCGACACGCUGGACGCCACCAUCUGCUGCGGCUCCUGCGCCCUGCGCUACUGCUGCGCCGCCGCCGACGCCAGGCUGGAGCAGGGGGGCUGCACCAACGACCGCGGCGAGCUGGAGCACCCGGGAAUCACCGCGCAACCAGUCUAUGUCCCAUUCCUGAUCGUCGGUUCCAUCUUCAUCGCCUUCAUUAUCCUGGGCUCCUUAGUAGCCAUUUACUGUUGCACCUGCUUAAGACCUAAACAGACCUCCCAGCAGCCUAUUCGCUUCUCCCUCCGAAGCUACCAGAACGAGACCCUCCCCAUGAUCCUGACCUCCGGCAACCUCCGCGCGCCCUCCCGGCAGUCCAGCACCGCGACCAGCUCCAGCUCCAACGGAGGCUCGGUGCGGAGGUUCUCCUUUGCCAGAGCCGAGUCCGGCUGCCUGGUGCCCUCUCCUCCCCCGCCUUACACGUCCGGCUGCUUACAGACGGCCCACCCCAUCCACCUGACGCAGCCGUCCGGCUUCCUGGUGUCGCCCCAAUAUUUUGCUUACCCCAUCCAGCAGGAGCCCGCCCUUCCCGGGAAGAGCUGCUCGGACUUCAGUCCGAGUUGACAUGAAUAAUGCAGCAGAACGAAGGACAGAUGGACUGCGUCUGGGUUGUGUUCAUGAUGUUCUAGGGCAGCAGCAGAAAGUCAUCAGGGAGAAGUACUUCUAGAACUAACGCGUUCUCCUCUUCUGGAUCCCACAAAAUGAAUAUUGUAGGUUAUUGGGUUUUUUAAAGGUGACCUUUACACUUUCAUUUGAUAUCUUUACUCAUAAUCACAGCAAUUAGAACUUUAAUCCAGUAUUCUGGUGAAAACAUUUCACCCCUCAACUCAAAACAUUAUUUGUAUAGAAGAUAUUAGAAGUUACUCUUGUAAGCCUGAAUGAUUAAUUUAAUUAUAAUAAAAAGGAAGUACCUCUUUAUAGUUAUCAGAAAUUCAUUUUUAAAAACCCUAAUCACUUCUUAAUAAACUAAGAGCACCCUGAGCAUCUUGGACAGUAUUUAAGUACGUCAAUAUAAUUAUCGUAUUAAUAAUCACAUGAGUUGAAAUACAUACUUUUCAGAAGACGCCUGAAUGAUUAAUUUAAUUAUAAUAAAAAGGAAGUAUCUGUUUAUAGUUAUCAGAAAUUCAUUUUUAAAAACACUAAUCAUUCUUAAUAAACUAAGAGCACCCCAAGCAUCUUGGACAAUAUUUAAGUGUGUCGAUAUAAUUAUUGUAUUAAUAGUCAUACAAAUUGGAAUACAUACUUUUCAGAAGACAAAACGGUAUGAAAAAAUUUAAUUAGUAAUUUUCAUGGUAAGGCAAAUCCUAACUAAAAUUUCCCUCUAGGGAAUAUUUAUUGUGAACUUCUGUUCAGUGACAUUUAGUAUAUAAAUGAAAGUGGGACAAUUGAAUCUUAAAGUUUUAUUUGUAAAAUUAAUUAUGUAAAAAUGUGAAGAUAUUUGUAAUUUAAUGUAUUUACACAUUGACAAUACUAAUUAUUUAGUAAUCACACUGAAUUUUUAUGUUAAUAAAAGCUGUGGUUAAAAUUCCCUAUAUUGUUAUUCUGUGCCAAUAAGCUAAGAUGAAGAGGUCUUGGAGCUAAAGAAUAUUUAUUACACCUACUGUUGUUAGAUGCAGUAUACAUUUGAUUUUCUUUUGUGAAAACUUUUUAUCAAAGAAUUUCAUUCUAUAGGAGACACAAACUACUUGAAAAUCAGUAAAAGAGACAUAUAUAACUAAAUUUAGAAAUUUGGUAAUAUUGAAUAUUGAAUUUCAUUUGCUUUAAAAAGUAACUUCUCAUCUCUAAUCAGAAAAGGUAGGCAGCAAUAAGCAUAUAUUCAAUAUUUACUAUAUGUAGUCACUUUGCACCUAAAAAAGGUGAAGAAAGUUAGCAAAAAUCUUGUGUACAUCUUCCUUUCUCUUAUUCCAGUCACUUAGUCAGAGAUAGACCCUUAUGAUAUCUAAGAGCAACUUAGUUUCUAUGUCACCCCCCCCAUAUAUUUCAAAAUUAGACAGUUGAAACUUGCAUUAGUGAUGAGAGCCUGUAUUAUUGCUACAGAUUAUAAUUAUUUUUACCUAUGGAGUUUCUUGCAUACAAUAGUUACUUUACUACUAGUCAAAUAUAUAUGUUGAGGUUUCUCCAGUAUCUACUGUGGAGGAUAUAGGUAAAUAUAAAACAGUUCCUUUUCUCAGGAAGCCUGUUCCCCUGCUGACUGAUCUAAAUUUUGGUGUAUAUUCAAGUGAGAAGUAUCCAUCUUUGUUAUGGCUUAAAGAUCAGUGUGGACCUUUGAAAGAGGGCACAGCUAACAGACUCAUAGAUCUCGAGCUACAAUUUUAGUAUUGUCAACAGUACAUUCUAACCAACCAAACUUAUUGGCUAUAAAUACUUGAAAGUUAAAAAAAAAACUUAUUAAAAUUGUACCACAUCUCUUUUAUUUCUGUAAUAAAUUCAGUGGGAAACUUAUUUAUAACAAACUUCUUGUUGUGACAAAUUUAAUAAGGUUUCUGAAGUUAAUUUAUUAUAAAUCUUAAAAAACCUCAACCUUAAAAGUCGUUCUAAGAGCUGUUUCCACUUUAGAGUGGUCAUUAACUUCCAACAUACUCACCCUCUUCAGCAUUGAUGAUAAGGAAACUUAAAAAGAUAGCUUUAAGAAUAAGAAGGUUAUUCUUAUUAAAAGCAUUCUAGAAUGACUAAGUUGCAUAAUAAACAUCAAUAGAAAAUACAUAUCUUUUUAUGAGUUUAUUAUUAGAUCUGGAGAGAAAAGGGACUUCAGGGAGAUCUAGGGCAAUUCCUUUAUCUCAUAGAUGAAUAAACAAAGUUCUUGAAAGGGGACACAGCCUGUCCUAAUUCUUAAGCAACUGUCCUAGUGCCAAAUUUCCCAUCCUAUUUAUAAUGACAAUUUCAGAAUAAUUUUUAUCAUUCAUUUAACAUUUCUUAAUCCAAUAUGUGGUAUACUUUUAUAAUAUGCUACCCUCUAUGUCAUGGGUUUAUUUGUACAGAUCAAACAUUAGGGAGACGUAAAGUGUAGAGAUAAAGUGAUUUAAUAUCCAAAGUCUAUAAAACAAGCAAUGUUCUCACGGUCCAUCCAGUGUUAGUGUUUUGGUGAUGCCCAGGAAAGUUGUCCUUUCAGACAAAUAGAAUAAUGGGGUUCUAUGACAUUUAAUGCAUUUCUAGCAAUUGCUCCAUGAUGUAAGAAGGGGAUACCUCUGGUGUUUCUCAGUAGUCCGCAGCCUGCUGAUAAUAUCCAGUAGAAUAAGAGGCAAGGUGAUUUUCUCUGCCAAAAGACUACAUAACUAGAUGAGUAAGUAUAAGUUACACUUGGUUAUUCUUUUAGUUGAACUCCUAAUUGUUCAUUAGCAUUGAACCAUUUUUUGCAUUAUGUAAAUCCUCUUUUUAAAAACUGAUCCAUAUCUGACCUUAUUUCCUGACAGAGGGAAAAACUUCUGUUGACAUACUUUUCAGGUGAUCUAUUAGAAAGAAAAGUUAUUAUCAAUGCAAAUGAUGCUAAUAAAAACAGUAAAUUUCCUUGAUAAAAUACAGAAAAUUGCUUUGACUCUUCAGAUAUAAUUAGCUCUUGGCUAUUCACAGACUGGGUAAGCGAGGUGGUGAUGUGGAUAGAUUGCCAGACCUGGCGUCAGAUGAGUAUAUUCCUCAGUUGAAAUCUGGUAUCAGUGUUUGUUGAUCCUGGGCAAGUCACUUAACAGUGUUUGCCUCAGAUUUUUUUUUUAAAUCUAUAAAAUGAGCUGGAAAAAAAAUGGCAAAAUGCUCCAUUAUUAUAUUUUGCCAGAAAAACUCCAAAUGGAGUCACGAAGAGUAGCCCGUGACUGAAAAAUGACUGAAUAGCAACAAAUUGAUAGACUAUUUUAAAUAACUGACUAGUGUCUCCUUAGGCCCACAAACACACACUACACCAAUGUGUACUUGGGAAUGGCAUUAUUGGCUUAAGAAAAGAUAAUUAAGCAGAUUUGCUAGGUAGCUAGGUGAGACUGUGGAUAGAGGAUCAGAAGUUUAAAUUUAGUCUCAGACUCCUUGAGGCAAGACACAAUUUCUGUUUGCCUUAGUUUCCUCAUUUAUAAACGAAAAUAAAGAAAGUACUUUGCAAGACUAAAAGUGCUGCAUAAAUUAUAGGUAUUAGUAUAAAAGUAUCCAAAUGAUGUAUUCCGAAGACAAACAUAAAUGAUUUAAUUGAUUUGGGGGAUAAUCUGUUUUACUGUGUCGGUAAUCCCAUUAGUGCUGGGGAGUACCUUUUAAAUUGUCCAAACGGAUAACAUUCUUGGGGAUUUCCCUCACCUUUUUUUUUUUUUUUUUUCUUCUGCUAGGGGAAUUUCUUUUUAAUCAAUAACAUAUCUAAAAUUCAAAGUUUGUAGGAAAUCAUUUCCAUUUUAAAGGAAUUUCUGUAGAUGAAGAGGGAAUUAAACUCAAUUAAGAUGUAUCCAAGAAUAUUUAAUCUACUUUUGAAAGUUUAUAAGUAGAAAAUGGUGGAUUUGGGGGUUGAACACUUGCCAGCAUUGUUAUUACCUAGAUAAAUAAGCUGACUCUCUGGUCCUCAAUUUUUCAACCAGUAAAAUAAAUGGGUAGUGCUAGAUUACCUCCAAGACCCCUUCUAACUUUUACACAUGAGUCUGUGUGCAUGUGUAUGUGUCCAUAUACAUAUAUAUAUAUAUAUAUAUAUAUAUAUAUAUAUUCCUAUGAUCUGAGGUAUAAAUAACAAAACCAUAUUUGAUUGUGUGGAUGUGUAUACUCACAUAUGAAUAUGCAUAGUAACACCAUAGUAAUUUGAGCUUCACUAAUUAGGAAUACAUGAUGGCUGACCUAGACCGAGAUUUAUUAUCCUAUUGUAUUGUAUGCAUUUGCUUAGAGAGUUAAUAGUGAAAAGAGGCUGUGGGGAUAUGCCAAAUCUAACAAAAAGAAACUAUUGUCAUGCUAUUUAUCUGCACAUAAUUGCUAAUUGCAAUUAAUUAUCAGGCUUGACAAGAAUUCUUUUGAAACUCUAGAUAUUGUAUAUUCUUGAAAGUAAUAAACUAAAAUUUCAUAAA